AUGACCCGCAAGCCCCUAUACUUGCGAGUCUCAACCUCCCUCUCGCACUAUGUCUUCCAUCGGCAACGAUAUGUUCAGAAACUUUGAGAGAGUUAGCCCAAAAGUUCAGGAGCCUAUUGAAAUGUUCCCCCAAUCGGAGCGAUACAACUUUCAAUCUAUCUCACAGCAUGAUGAUGUCGAGCGGGACGAAUUGUCAGACGGAUCUGAAUACGACCCGAAAUCUCGCGAUACUAACCGUCUCACUGUAAAGAAACCGAAGGAAUUUAACGUGUAAGUAUGGUCAUAUACCUCAUGGGUAAUUCUGUAUUAAUCAUCUGUGAAGGGGUCGACAAUUGGGUGGAAAAAAAAUCAAACUCGACCGAAAAAAUCGAGCAUUGGUUCGUGCACUCGCAAAGCGUAAAAAGUGGGACUACAAAGAGAUUGCCGCCGUCUUCGAUGUAUCGCUUCCUAUCAUCAAGAAGAUCAUGGCCAACGGCUAUGUCGCGGUAGACGACAAACCAUGGGAGGAUGCGAAAUUUUAUGAGGAGAGUGACCUUAACAAGUUGAUUUUGAGGCUGCCGCCUGCCACGGAGAAACAGAACAAACCCAAGAAACAGGACAGAGCAUAUGUGAGAUCCCCCAAAAAAUCUGUAGUUGCCGCUUCCCCUCCUGCAUCGGCUCCUAUGGAGGUAGAACCGGAUUCGAAUACAACGUGCAGCAUAUUCAGGACGUUCCGAAACGAAGCGAUACUUGUUCACGGGGAAAAGGUCCAUUCGAUACUUGAGGAAAUUGGGAUUGAAGAUGACGAGACAAUGUUCGCCGUCCUGAUCAUGGAUGAUGAACGGUUGAACGGCAUGCUACAAGAGGCCAAGCGGCUCAACCUCGUGGAGAAGUAUUCUGUCAUUCAAGCGCUGAGAAAUUUCGGGGAGAAGCACAAAAUAGCGAGGUGAUAGCUACCGCAAAGCCUUUGGGCAUGUUUGGCUUCUUCCAUACUAGUAUGACAUUCCAUCUCCGAGAUGCUAACAGCAAGAAUCACCACAUGACUGACGACUACCUCGGAUCUUACAUAAAACUUGACCACUUUUUUUCUUUGGACGCUAAGAGAGGCUCGGGCGUGCUGGUUACUCUUUCGGUUUACAAAAUGAUGAUGGACAUAUGGCACGCUUCUGAGCUUCCUUUAUUUAAUACCCGGCUGUAGAACAGAAUUCCGGAGAAUCGAACUGCUAUCGAGUGGGGAAUUUUGGCCUGCAUAUGAAUCAUUUAAGUACUCCACCGAAUUCAAUCUCCAUAUUGUCGGGGGAAAUAUGAUAUUGGGGUUAUUCCCCAUACAUCCCAGUGUUUGUCGGAUAGCAUUAACAUCAUAG